GUUUCGUUCCUGACUGUUGUGAUGACUGCUAAAAGAGAAAGAUGUGAAGCCAAAACCAAAUUGAGAAUCUUUGGAAAAAAAUCGAACCUUUAAAAACUUGAUUUCACCACAACUAUCUCUCUCUCUCUCUCUCUCUCUCUCUCUCUCUCUCUCUCUCUCCACGCUGCUUGAAACUGAAGCUGAGAGCCAAAGAUGUCGUUUGAGGAGUUUAAGCCAUUAAGCGAGGAAUCUCUUGUAGAGUACAUAAAGGCAACGCCUGCUCUCUCCUCCAGGAUCGGAGACAAGUACGAGGAUUUGGUUAUCAAGGAAGUCGGAGAUGGCAAUCUCAACUUCGUCUUCAUCGUUGUCGGAUCCACUGGUUCACUCGUCAUCAAACAGGCGCUUCCAUAUAUUCGCUGUAUUGGGGAAUCUUGGCCAAUGACGAAAGAAAGAGCUUAUUUUGAGGCAACAACUCUGAGAAAGCACGGAAGUUUAUCUCCGGAUCAUGUUCCUGAAGUCUACCAUUUCGACAGAGCAAUGGCUUUGAUCGGAAUGAGAUACCUCGAGCCUCCUCAUAUCAUCCUCCGCAAAGGACUCAUUGCUGGAGUUCAGUAUCCGUUCCUCGCGGACCACAUGUCGGAUUACAUGUCGAGAACUCUAUUCUUCACUUCGCUCCUCUAUCAUGAUACCACAGAGCACAGAAGAGCAGUAACCGAGUUUUGUGGUAAUGUGGAGUUAUGCCGAUUAACGGAGCAAGUUGUGUUUUCGGACCCAUAUAGAGUUUCCACAUUUAAUCGUUGGACUUCACCUUAUCUUGAUGAUGAUGCUAAGGCUGUGCGCGAAGAUAGCGCCUUGAAGCUCGACAUCGCAGAGCUAAAAUCUAUGUUCUGUGAAAGAGCUCAAGCUCUAAUACAUGGUGAUCUUCACACUGGCUCUGUCAUGGUUACACAAGAUUCAACUCAAGUUAUAGAUCCUGAGUUUUCGUUUUACGGACCAAUGGGUUUCGACAUUGGGGCUUUUCUUGGGAACUUGAUACUCGCUUUCUUUGCACAAGACGGACACGCUGCUCAGGAAGAUGAUCGAAAAGAAUACAAGCAGUGGAUCUUGAGAACCAUUGAGCAAACUUGGAAUCUGUUUCACAAAAGGUUCACUGCGCUAUGGGAUCAGAACAAAGAUGGGCCCGGUGAAGCAUACCUUGCAGAUAUCUAUAACAAUGCCGAGGUUUUGGAGCUUGUUCAAGAAAACUACAUGAGGAAUCUGUUGCAUGACUCACUCGGAUUCGGUGCUGCAAAGAUGAUUAGGAGAAUUGUGGGUGUGUCACAUGUGGAGGACUUUGAGUCGAUCAAGGAAGAUAAACGACGAGCGGAUUGCGAGAGAAGGGCGCUUGAGUUUGGGAAGAUGCUUCUCAAGGAAAGGAGAAAGUUUAAGUGUAUCGGUGAAGUUGUUUCAGCAAUUCAACAACAAAGCUGAGUCCUUUUUUGUGUUCUUAUGCUAAAACCAGAAGAGUUCUUAAAACUUGAAAGUUUCUUGCUUUGAUGAUCUUUCUUGGAGUUGCUUGUCAUUGCCAUGAAAAUACCACUUUUUAAAUAAAAUAAACACAAUAUAUCUGUUAUUUUCAAUAUAUAUAUUCAUUUUUCACUCAUUGUGAAAUACUACAAAGAUCUUU